AUGGCUCCUAUUUGCUGCACCGUGCGCUCUCAAUUUGGGUCCAUCACGGGAACCCGUACAUCACCCUCCAUGGUCUGUACUGUCGUCAACAAGCAGUGCAACACAAACCUAACCAUUUCCGGCUGCCUCAAUGCGUGCCUUUCAAUCAUUAGCUUAGCCAGUGUUGGAGGCGAGGGAGCCGAACCUACCUGUAGAAAAGGUGGGACUUCGUCGGUUUCUGGAGUAUGCAAUGCUUGUGUGAGCUCCGGACAAGCACGCAGGAUUGAUUUCAAGGGCUCAUGUCCGGCACAGUACGCAGCACAGUUUCUGGAUCUGGCCAAGCCUCUAUUCUUUGUCGUUCUUGACCGUCUUUCGCAAUGCUUAGAUACCCGUGGUGGUAAUGCAUUUAGACAAACAUUGUUGACCGAAAUCGAACGAGUUUACUGUGUAGAUCCCUCACCCAGUCCGACCAGCACAUCAUCCGCUACACCGACUGCUUCUCCUUCAAUGAGUGCAACUCCGACAAUUUCUGCAACUUCAUCGCCGACUCCUUCCUCAGCUGUGAGUGUGUCUCCGACAAUUUCUGCAACUUCAUCGCCGACUCCUUCCUCAGCUGUGAGUGUGUCUCCGACAAUUUCUGCAACUUCAUCGCCAACUCCCACGAGAUCUCCAGCCAAAAAACCCCAUGGUCCGCGGCCCGGGAGGAACGAAUCUGCUUGUGUUCGGCAGCUUAGAAGAUGUGUACGCGGAUUCCGUCGUAGACGACUGCAUGGUCGACGAGGACGACUGAAUAAUAUCGUUAGGAGAUGCUGCAGACCGUUUUGCAAGUGCAGAUCAGCUAGGUCACGCCGGUGUAUCCGCGUGUGCCAAAUCUCCUACUCGUUCGACUUCUAG